UUUUUUUUUUCUUUCUUUCUUAUGUCAAGUACAAACCCUCCCAAGUCAAGAAGAAUAGCAGUACUCGGUGCUCGUGCAGUAGGAAAAUCAUCUCUUGUGAUUCAGUUUUGUGAGAACCAUUUUGUAGAUAGUUAUUAUCCUACCAUUGAAAACACGUUUACAAAGACAAUUAAAUACCGAGGCAAUGAAUAUAGUGUCGAAAUCAUGGAUACAGCAGGUCAAGAUGAAUAUUCCAUUCUCUCUUCUCAUCAUGCCACCAGUAUGAAUGGAUAUGUGCUUGUGUAUUCAAUUGCUUCUCGAUCUAGUUUUGAUAUGAUCAAGAUCAUUCGAGAUAAAAUCCUUGAUUUUACAGGACUCGAAAGUGUGCCUUGUGUGAUUGUGGGUAACAAGUCUGAUUUAAAUAUUCAGCGACAAGUGACAGUAGAAGAAGGAAAAGAAUUGGCUCAACAAUGGCAUUGUCCUACCAUUGAAACAUCAGCUAAGCAUGAUGAAAAUGUGUCUAAAAUCUUUGAUUUGCUUAUUGCUCAAAUUGAAAAAGCCAACAAACCUCCUACAGAAGAAAAAGGGGGUUGUGUUGUUUCAUAAUAAACGCAUUGUACCUGACUUUCUAUUUUUUAUUUUUUAUUGUUUUUUUUC